CCCCAUUCACGUAUAUAGACGGGUUCACAUGCUUUUGCUUCUCCUCUGCUCCUUCCAUGACUUGUAUUUAGGAAAUUUCAGACCGGUCCUUGAAUUCAGUCAACCUCUGAUUCUGUUUGGCUUCGCCGGAGAAGAAGUGACCGGCGUCCGGCUCGAUGACGCCGGGGACGAGGCUGCCGUCGUGGAAGGAGAGAGAGAACAACAAGCGGCGGGAGCGGCGGAGAAGGGCGAUCGCCGCCAAGAUCUUCGCCGGACUACGAAUGUACGGCAAUUACAAGCUCCCCAAGCACUGCGAUAACAACGAGGUCCUUAAAGCUCUCUGUAAGGAAGCCGGUUGGAUCGUCGAAGACGACGGAACUACUUACAGAAAGGGAUGCAAGCCGGCAGAACUCAUAGUCAUGGAUAAUAUUACAGGGGGUUCAGUACCAGUAAGCCCCCCAUGCUCAUCAUCUUUCCCUAGCCCAGUUUUAUCCCAUUAUGUAUUUAGCAAUGCCAACAAUGACACUGACCCCAACUCUCUUAUUCCCUGGCUCAAGAAUCUUUCCCAUUCAUCAUCCCACCACCAUCCCUACAUCCCUGGCAUUUCCAUCAGCGCUCCGGUCACCCCGCCCUUGAGCUCACCAACCGCCCGUACCCCAAGAAUGAAAGACAGCCAUCAAAACUAUCCUUUCCACCCGUAUUAUUCUUCGACCACAUCGCCAAGUCCACCUGGGUGGCUCUCAGGUGUACAAACCCCACAAGACGGACCCUCAUCUCCAACUUAUAGCCUCGUCUCACCAAACCCGUUUGGGUUUAGGGAGUCACUAUCGAACCACGGAUCACGGAUGUGGACUCCCGGGCAAAGUGGUACAUGCUCUCCUGCAGUUGCUGAAGUGGCAAUGUCAGAUGCAUUUCAAGCCGAGUUUGCAUUUGGGUGCAAUUCCAAGGGUGUAGUUACACCAUGGGAAGGAGAAAGGAUUCAUGAAGAAUGUCUCAAUGAUGAUCUCGAACUUACUCUCGGCAACCCGACCACUCGAGAGUAAAAGUUCAAGACAUAGAAUGAGCAUUUCUUUGUUCAUUCUCUACUACUUCAUUCGAAGGAGCUCAUGUGUGAUACACAUGAAACCAAUGACUUUAUUUCCACAUUUGGUUAUGUGAAAUGUGAAUACAUUAAACCUUGCUCACAUGAGCUCCUUAGAUUUACUCGUCAUUCGUUAUGUUUCUCUCUUUGUUUUUCGCGGGAGAUAACCUUCGAAUUGCUGCUUAUAUGGUGGCUUUAUUUGUAUGCACCUAUUUAGCUCAAUUUCUAUCUGUUACCGUAUUGUUUCUCAGAUUUUUCUGGAUACAUUUCCUUGAAGGUAAUUGUGGGGAUUUAUGCAAUUCUUAGUUCUCUUUGUACCAGUACUAUUAAAAAAAGACAUAACAAGGACUUAUU